AUGAGCCCGUCCUCACUACUUCUCCUGCUUGGAUUCGCAACUGCUGUGCUCUGUGGCGACACUUGUGACAAGGACUCCUGCCCAAAUAUGCCCAAUAACGAGAGGACCUUCAUAGCCGUCAAGCCUGAUGGUGUCCACAGGAAUCUUGUUGGAAAAAUCAUCCAACGAUUUGAGGAACGUGGUUACAAGCUUGUCGCCCUCAAAAUGAUGACUGCAUCCAAACAACACCUCGAGGUCCACUACCAGGAAUUGAAAGACAAGCCAUUUUUCCCACAUCUGAUCAAGUACAUGGGAUCAGGACCAGUUGUGGCGAUGGUUUGGCAAGGAUUGGACGUCGUCAAGCAAGGCCGUGCUAUGCUUGGAGCCACUAACCCCCUUGCUUCCGCUCCGGGAACAAUCCGAGGAGACUACUGCAUCCAGACGGGUCGCAAUAUCUGUCACGGAUCAGACUCCAUCGAAUCUGCUCAGAGAGAAAUCGCUCACUGGUUCAAACCUGAGGAGAUCAACGACUACGAUAGCCCGUUCAUCAACUCGUGGGUUUAUGAGUAA